AAGAGAGCGACAGUCGUAAAGUUAGUAGUUUGCGAUUUUUCAAAUCUUCAAGCCGGGACUUUGUUCACAAUUAUAUCUUCAAACAAAAUGGAUGCAUCACUAUCUCUUCAAAACUUCACUGAAACGUUUUAUGGAGAAAUAGUGAGAGAAAACCAGAGUCAUUUGGAGAAUACUUUUCUAUCUCCCUUUAAUAUUUAUACUGCUCUGGCAAUGAUUCUUUCUGGGAGUAAAGAUAAUACAAAAUCAGAAAUAAGGAGAGUAAUGCAUCUGCCCAAUUCUUUGGAGAAUCGCGAAAUUCACUAUGGAAUUAGUGGAAUUUUAGGUGAAUGUAUAGAACGUGGUGAAGGUGUUGAAAUAAUCAUUGGAAAUGGAUUGUUUACCGCCGAUAGUCUGGAUGUUAAAGAGGGUUUUCAAAAUAUUCUUAAAAAUUACUAUAAUGCUUUGACAGAAUCUAUGCCAUUUCAAACGAAUCCAGAAGAUGCUGAAACACGAAUAAAUCAGUUGGUUAGUGAACGAACCAAUGGAAAGAUUCAGCGUCUCAUCCCAUCUGGAUCUCUAUCAACUGAUACAUCAGUUUUAGUGAUAGCAACCACAUACUUUGAAGGUAUGUGGAAUCAACCUUUUCUUCAAGGGAGUUCACAUGAAAGUGAUUUCUUCAAUCUUGACGGGUCAAAAAGAAACGUAAAAUUAAUGUAUAUGAAUGCCCCAUUCGAAAUGGUUAAUUUACCACAUUUAAAAUCACGAGCUGUUAAAAUACCAUUUAAACGUCCUAGUUACUCGUUAUUGGUUGUUCUUCCGAAUACAAAUGAUGGAUUACCAGAAUUAUUGAAUUCACUAUCUAAAAAUAAUGGUAUUUCGUCAAUACUGUCUUCUGAUUUCAAAGAAACCAGUAUACAUUUAUAUUUGCCCAAAUUCCAAUUGAAAGAAGGCAAUGCUAUAAGUUUAGCAAAUUAUUUACAAAGAAUGGGAAUGAAAGAAGCUUUUUCUCCGGGAUUAGCUAAUUUCUUAGAAAUUUCUGAAUCAAAUAAUCUUAGCCUAUCAGAUGUAUUACAUAAGGCGAUUUUAGAAGUGAAUGAGCAGGGUGUAGUUGCUGCGGCAGCUACUCCUGCAGAGAUUGUUCAACUUGCAGCGCCGCUGCCUGAGUUCGCUGAUGAAGAAUUUCGUGUGGAUCAUCCAUUCUUUGUUUCAAUUAUAUGGAAAGAUUCUGUACCGAUAUUUCUUGGUCAUGUAACAGCUCCAACGGACUAUGAAUAAGGGUGGUUAAUUGAAGAAAUAAAAAUAUUUUGCCCCUCAAAAGAGUGUUUACCUGUCUUAUAUAACUUAAAAAACUAUAAAUCGUGAAUGUUGACACUUUGAGUGAUGAAGAGGUUUUUCUGUGAUGUUGCUCAUUAUUAUUUUAUUGAUAUGAUGUUUUUUCAAUGUACUUUGACAUAUUUAUUGUCUUUCUAUUAACUUGAAUUUGAUUUUAAUUACACAAUAAAGUUUUGUUUGUCAUUUUGCAAUGAAAAUAAAAAUUCAUUGAGUUUCA